AUGAAAGCACGAUUGCCCCCAGAUGAGACGAGCCCUCCAGAAAGGUGGGGCAAGUGGCACUACUGGUGCAAGGAAGGCCCUGACAACAAGGACUACCCCAUCUUCUACCGCCGUCGAGUGGGGGAGCCUGGCAUACAACCAGAGCUUUUAAAGGAUGAGGUGCUCCUGGACCUGAACGAGCUGGCAGAGGAGUUUGGGUACGUCCACGUCGGCGCCUGUGAGCCCUCCCCUGACCACCGCUACCUUGGCUACACACUUGAUGCAACAGCCACAGAAUCCUGGACCCUGUUCAUAAAGGACCUGACGACCGGAAAGCUACUGCCACGUGGAACGAUACAAAAUGUCGUCAGCUCCAAGUGGGCAGAGGACGGUCAGACUGUUUUGUACACUCAGGCGAACGAACUUCAGAUCCCGACCAAGAUUUUCAGCCGACGUGUGCUAGGACCGCACGCCUCUGAAAGCGAAGAGGACCGCUUGGUCUAUGAAGAAGCUGGGGGCCCGGAAUGGUUCGCUGACGUGUCAAAAACAAAAGACGGAAAGUUCCUGACAAUCAACGUCAACUCCAGAAACUGCUCCGAGGUCUACCUGCUCGACGCCGCAAAUCCCCAAACCCCGCUCAGGCUGGUCCGCGCGCGCGAGCCCGGAGUCGAGUACUUUGUGGAGCACCAUCGCGGGUCGCUCCUCAUCCUCACCAACCAGGGCAACCCGGGGGGCGAGUACCGCCUCAUGUGUGCGCCUGCAGAUGACCCGGGGCAGCCCUGGAAGGAGCUCCUGCCCGCCGACCCCCGUGACGUCAUCACCGACAUGGACCUCUUCGCGGGACACUGCGUCAUGUACACGCUGCGCGACGGCCUGCCCAACGUCACAGUCUAUCCGCUGACGUCACCCGCAGACUCCCCACUAACCAAGCCUCUCGAGGCGGGUGACCCGUUGGCACGCGUGCGGUCUCCGGCGGCGGAGGACGGGGCUCGGGAAAUUUUGCCGGAGUACAACCUAUUCGGAAACGGCAGACGGGUUUUCGACAACCCGACCGUAUGCUCCAUUGAGCCGGGCGCGAAUGCGGCCUUCGAAGCGGAGUCGCUCCGGUUUACAGUUUCAUCUCCAGUGACACCCGACACCGUCUUCGACUACGACAUGUCGUACCACACGCUGACACGUGUCAAGCAGAUAACAGUACCCGGCCUCGAUGUCAGUCCAGCAAACGCCACAAACGUAAAUACUGCCGCCUCCAAAACUGCACCGCUUAUUCGCCCCGCGCCGCUCCACACGCUCAACGGGUACACCUGCACUCGCGUCACUGCCACUUCAGCAGACGGCACCGCCGUUCCGGUGACCGUCACCCACGCCUCCGAUCUGCCCCUCGACGGCCGGAACCCCGCCCUGCUCAUAGGCUAUGGCGCAUACGGAGUACCCCAGAAAACCACGUGGUCGAGCCACACCUUGAGCCUCCUCGACCGGGGUUGGGUCGUCGCCACAGCACACGUGCGAGGGGGGGGCGAGUUUGGGAAACGGUGGCACGAAGCGGGAAGGAAAGAGAACAAGGUGCGGUCGUUUGAGGACUUUGAGGCCUGUGCGGAACUGCUCGUGAAGAAGGGUUUCGCGGACGGGGGUCGGCUGGCGGCGCAGGGGUCGAGCGCGGGGGGACUGCUUGUGGGGGCUGUGGUCAACAGGCGACCGGAGUUCAAGGCCGUGAUACUGAAGGUGCCCUUUCUGGACGUCCUCCACACGAUGCUCGACCCGAGCCUGCCGCUCACCGCCCAGGAGUACGAAGAGUGGGGCAACCCCGCCGCAGACCGGGCCGCCUUCGAACGCAUCCGCAACUACAGCCCGUACGACAACGUCAAACAGGGUGCGCGGUAUCCGGCGAUGCUUAUUACGGCCUCGAUGCAAGAUACGCGCGUUGGCUACUGGGAGGCGGCGAAGUGGGUCAGCAAACUGAGAGCUACUGUGCCGACGUCUUUGAAGGCACCUAUUCUGCUUUUUACGAGCUUCAACGACGGGCACUUUGGCCAGGGCGGCCGGUAUCAGCAGAUACUCUUUGCAGCGAGGGAGCAGGCUUUCCUGUUGGAUACGGUCGGAAGCAGAGAGUUUAGAAAAAGGGAAGGGUCAAAACGCAACGUGCUGGAGUUGGUGAAAAGCGUAUGGAGGCGGACUACAAAAUGAUUUCGGCUAUGAUUAAUGAAAUGCUUUGCUGUUCACGCUUGCCACACGAACCGGCGUAGCACUCUACAGAAUGCCAGAACAACAUGCAUUUUGACAUCCAGCCGAGGGCUACUAUUAUUGCUCUACAAUCAACUGCAC